AUGAGUUGUGGGAAGGAGUGUAAGAAGGAAGAAAAGAAGGAGUUUUGCUGCAUGAAGCAGGAGAUGGUCUGCCCUAUAAAAAGAGCUUAUGGGAAGUUUUUGAACAAGUUUGAGAAAGCUUCUAUUGGACAUCAAGCCCCACUCUUUAAGGCAAAAUGUUUCUGUCCGAAGGGAACACUGACUGAAUUCAAUUUGGAAGAUUUUAAAGGCAAAUUUGUAGUCUUGUUGUUCUACCCACUUGAUUGGACUUUUGUCUGCCCAACGGAGAUGUUGGGAUAUUCGAAACUUGCCGAAGAAAUGAAGGAUGUCCAAUUUGUUGGCAUUUCUGUUGAUUCCGUCUUCACACACAAAGCAUGGUGCGACGCUCCAAAAGAAAUUGGAGGCAUUGGAAAGCUUGCCUUCCCACUUGUUUCCGAUAUCAAGAAAUGUAUUUCAAUCAAGUACAAUAUGUUGAACAUCGACGAAGGAAUUGCAAGAAGAGGGUAUGUCAUUAUCGACGACAAAGGCCUUGUGAGAUAUACUCAAACCAAUGACGAUGGUAUUGGAAGAAACACUGAAGAGACUAAGAGAAUCAUUGAGGCAAUUAAGUUCUCUGAUAAGCAUGGUGAUGUCUGUCCAUUGAACUGGGUUCCGGGAAAAGAUACUAUGAAGCCGACUCCAGAUUCCAUGGUGGAGUAUCUUAAAAAGCAUCAUCAAAAAUAA